GAGUUCAGUGCUUAAUAAAAAUCAGCAGUCGCACCUGAAAACGAUUCAGUGGCUGAACAAUCGCGGAACGCAUCGAAUCGGAAGUGAAUUCAGAUACUGCAGCUCAGAUAUGCAUAAUAUAUUCGUGUUGUUAGUGAGCCUAACGAUUUGUGGGGCGCUUCUGGAACCCGGGAGCCCGAAACCGAUCACAGAAACAUGUCUGGUCUGUAUGUGUGAGGCCCUAAGUGGCUGCAACGCCACGGCUGUGUGUGUGAAUGGGGCAUGUGGCAUCUUCAGGCUCACCUGGGAUCAGUGGGUGGAUUCAGGCAGAAUAACAAUACCUGGCGACUCACCCUUGACGGACAGCUCUUUCACCAACUGCGCCAACGAUCCCUAUUGUGCAGCCGACACUUUGCAGAGCUAUAUGACCAAGUACGGUCAGGAUUGCAACGAUGAUGAGAAGGAGGACUGCUACGAUUAUGGGGCCAUUCACUACAUGGGUCCCUUCAAUUGCAAGGCGGACAUGCCCUUUACCUUCGCAAAUAUCUUCCAACGCUGCUUGGGAAAAGCUAUUCGGGAGGGGAAGAGUCAGCAGCCCAGCUAAUCUUUGGGCAAUGCAUUUAAACUAGUAUUUAAACUAGCAUUCAGUGUCUAACUUAUGGGGAAGAGCCCGCGUAAUUUAUGUGCGAGUACUGCAUUGUUAAUAUAGGCGUAAAUUUUAUUUAAUAAACAAGUGGCUGUAAGCCAACUAA